UUAUUCCCUAUAAAUAAGCCGGCAACUUUCCUAGUUAAUGUCUAGUGUUGCUAUUUCUCCUAGAAUUUUACAAGACGUAAUAUACUCACAACAUUGUACACUUUAUGUGGUGUGUUUAAAUUAGUAGCUGUACUCGUCGAGGACUGUACUUUUUCAUUCGCUUUGCUAUAAGUUGACAUUGUUUUUAUUUCUGUUUAUUUGAUUUUUGUAUUCUUUAAAUAAAGCUAAUGGUUUCAUUAAACUGACCUUUGUUAAAAUCUGCAGCUCUGGUGUCGUUUUGCGAUCUAAAAUGUGUUUUUUUCAGUUUUUCGCUACGCAUUGUUUAUUUAAAGAGCGAAAUCUUAAAAACAGAGUAAAUCUACAAAAACCAAAUAACGGUAGGUAACAACUGGUUUUCUGUGACUUGGCUCCAUUAAAUUAUCUUGUACGUCAUAGCGGUUUAUAAAAUGUAUAUAUAUUGGUGUACGGGGGAGGUGAGUAUAUACGUAAUGAGUACAAAAUAAGUACGUGAGCAAAGUGGGAGUUCCCAAAAAAGGACGGGAGCAAUGGGGAAGGCAGACCGACCGAAAGUGAUUUUCUGAUUUCGACCGAAACCAUAGCGAAAAUUUACAAAACGACUUUCGGUCGAAACCGAAAUUAAAAGCUUAACGAGACUUUCGGUUGAAACCGGAGCUGAAAGUCGUUUUUUUAAAAAAUAUUUUGAAACUCGUUCGUGCAUUCGCUCUGCCUACAUCAAAAAAUUAAAAGAGGAAAGUUUUGAUACUAAAAUUAUUUUUAGAAAACAAAAUGCUAUUAUAGUGAGCAUCUAAAAACAUCUAAUGAAUUUCUUUGGCUUUUAUCAUUUGAAUUAAAAAAUAACUUAAUGUUGUUAAAAUUGUAUUAUAAAGUAUUAUGGAAAGGGAACAUUUUGAUUGGAUUUUUUUUUGUGGGGGUGGGGGGGGCAAAGUUCUUGCAAAAUAGACCUUUGGGCUUUCUUUGCUUUUAUAAUAUAAGUACAACGCUACCUAGACAUAUUUGGUAUGGAUCGAAAGCUUAGUCUAUGCAUUUUGUUUUUGGUAUGACCCACUAAAAUGUCCAGGAUGAACUCUUUGUUCCGCCAAAUCAUAUUAUUUAUAUUUUCCUCAUAACAGUCUUUUUUAUUGGUCAAUAUUUAAACUUAUUGUUUUUCCGCAAUUAUUUGUUAUUCUGUUGUUUUUUUUGGUAUGACCCACUAAAAUGUCCAGGAUGAACUCUUUGUUCCGACAAACCAUAUUAUUUAUAUUUUCCUCAUAACACGCUUUUUUAUUGGUCAAUAUUUAAACUUAUGAUUUAUCCACAAUUACUUUUUAUCGGUUAAUUUUUUAUUUGACCCCGAUCAAACAAAAAUAGGAUGAAAGUUUAACAACUUUUAGUUUGAUAAUAUACUAGUUGGGUGCUGGUUGGCGAAAUGAUGGUCUGGGGUUCAAAGCCCAGUCAAGCAAAAACAUUACCAGCAUCCCGGGUGGAUGUGACUCGUUAUCCUUGGGUGGCAGCUCAUUUAAGAGAAGGAAACUCUGAAUUCAAACCCGGAGAUGGAGUCCCGUAGGUGGAUAACAUUUGCACAAUCCCGACAACUCCUGCGACGCCACUGGUGCCAAGCUGUAUCAUCCAUAUGAUGUUCCCAGUGACGUUAUCCAUUGGCGUGGAGAGAGAUGAUUUGCUGUUGGGAACCAGCUUAUAAUCCUAGAAUAAUAUUCCCAGGUCUUGUGGAUUUCGUCCUGCAAAGUCUACGCCAUCGUCACUUUGUGGCGGACGGAUGCCAGCAAAAAAAAAAAAAAAUUGUAGCAGACCUGGUUACACUGGAACACACCAUAUAGUACAAUAUAGUUUUAGAAUAGUGCUUAACCAUGUGAGAAUCGUACAAUACCGUAUUGUAACAGUAAAUGAAUAAACAAGCAGUAUAAUGUAUACAAUUAAUAUUUGCAUANUAAAAAAAGGGGGGGGGGGGAUUUGGGGAGAAGUCCUAAGCCCACUGUCCAGAAUUUUUUUAUAAAUGUAAAAGCCUAGGGUUCCCAAAUUGUAAAUUUAAAAAAUAAAAACAAAAAUAUAAAUAUUACCAUUCCCGUACUUUACCUUUGACAAAGCCUUAUUGAAAUUAUAUUUUUGGAAAUAUUGGACAAGUAAGUCGUCGUGCAUUUGUUAGCAGUGUUCGCAAAAGAUUAAACAUAUAUCAUACGCUGACAGCAAGACGUCGAGCAAUAAUGAAUAUUGCAUUGCCAGGUGACAGACAGAGUGACAGUAGAGUUCUGGUAGAAGACCAAAAGCCUCAAUCACUUUAGGCCGAAACCGGAAAAAAUUCGUGCACUCUCUAAGCUAAACGUCGACUUUUUUUUAUUUUGCGUUCGUAACUUAUGGACGGCACCAUACGGAAAAUUAGUUUUUAGAAUGUGAUCAAAGACUUUGAUUACAGACGCUGUGGGAGAAAACGUUUUAAAAAAAUUAUUAAUUAUUUCUUAAGUGAUAGAUUUUUUUUUUUUGAUUUUUUUAAAUAACAUUUUUUUUAAACUAGCUAACAUAGGGGGCCGUCCAUAAAGUACGACACGCUAAUUUUGACCAUUUUUAACACCCCCAUCCCCUGUCACAAAAUGUCUCAAAUCUCGGACCCCCCCCACCACCCCCCUAAAUUACGUCACACUUUCGAACAAAAUUAUUUUGUGUUAAUUAGGUGUUAAUUAAUUAAAAUUUAAUAUAAAACACACUUCACUAUUAAACUACCAUAAAGUACGACACGUUAAUUUUUACCAUUUUUAACCCCCCCAUCCCCUGUCACAAAAUGUCUCAAAUCUCGGACCCCCCCCCCCCACCCCCCUAAAUUACGUCACACUUUCGAACAAAAUUAUUUUGUGUUAAUUAGGUGUUAAUUAAUUAAAAUUUAAUAUAAAACACACUUCACUAUUAAACUGUAUUAAAAUAUAAAAUUUCCACCUAAAAGAACUAUCACAUUAUUAAAAUUACUUUAAUAGUAGAAUAGUUAAUUGUCAACAGUUGUCAGACUUAUUCAUUGAAGCAGUAACUCAAUCUAGAUUGAAUUUGAAAACAAAAAUUGCAAAAAUUAGAAUAGAUAAUUAUAUCAUACACAUCAUUUAUCUGCUGCGUUUUUCAUUUACAAUAGGUGAGGUCAAGUUUUAGAUAAUCUUCCGAUUAUGCAAUCUUUUUACACAGGGUUAGAAGUAGAUUAGCGAAACUUGACCUCACCCAGUGAUUAAAUAAUAAAAAGGACAGUGACAUAAUUAUGCAGCGGACAACAGAGAAAUAAUAAUACUUCCACCAUGAAGGAAAGCAAGGCUAUACAAAAAAACAAAAACAAACAAGGCUUCGCAACAGCAUACUAGUGCUCCUAGCGAGAGGAAUCGUGAACAACACAUUCAGGAGAUAGGCAUUUCAUGCUCUUUUGACAUAAAACUAAUUUAAAUGUUUCACAAAAAUUUAGAAAAAAAUUUCUAAAGCUAUUAAAGUCCACUAAAAAAAAUUUUAAAAAUUAAUUAGAAAUGAAAUUGUUUAAAAUAAAUGUGUGACGUCACACAUGGCCUGACCCCCCCCCUCCCCAUGUCAAAAACUGUCACACUUUCUUACACCCUCUCCCCACCCCCCUCCCCAUGUCACAAACUGUCACACUUUCUUACACCCUCUCCCCACCCCCCUCCCCAUGUCACAAACGGUCACACUUUCUUACACCCUCUCCCCACCCCCUCUGGAGCGUGACGUACUUUAUGGACGGCUCCAUACCCGGCGUUGCCCGGGAUUUCAUUUCGGAAAAAGCUUCUACAGUUUUUUUUAGCUAACACGAUAAUUUAGGGACCUGUUUCAAAAAAAGAAAAUAAAGAAAGUCACCAAAAAAAUAUAUUUAAUUUCAAAUUUUUAUAAUAACUUUAGUAAUUAUUUCGUACCCCGAUGGGGUCCCGUUUCCCAAUGGGAUCCCGUUCCCGCUGGAUCCAUUCCCUGAUAGGAUCCUGUUACCAGGUGGGAUCCAUUUCCUGACGACACUAAUCUUAAAAACACGUUCAAUUCGCUAUAACUUUAUAAUGGUACAUAACAAGCUAAUGGGGGUGUCUUUAAAUCGUUUUAAUACAUAGGUCAUCUAAAGGCCCUUAAUCCGGCAUUUGUGUUCACACAAGUUUUAUUUCUUAAUUAUUACAAUUUUCUUCCUAACCAAUCCACAGACGUUCAGAAAUCAGUGGCAGGAGAUGACAACUCAAAAGAAGCAGGCGUCGGCACCGAGUGUUUGAUGCACCACCAGUGCUGCUCUGCUGCAAUGUGAAUAACUAUUUCCAGACAAUCAAGCUGAACUUUUCAGAAGGACCGGUGACUCCCAAACAAGCAUAGCUGCAGAGAAUUGAUGGGAUCAUCAUUUUAAGCGCAGAAUUCUAAAAUUAGCAUAUGUGCACCACUUGCAAGCAGAGUUACAAGCUGGCGUGUUUGUUAACCUGCAAAUGCAUUGGAUUCGUCACCAAAAGGCAAAGGGAUCAUUAUGUAUGCCAACAAACCUCGUGUUGGAAUGUGAACAAUCAUUGACACUCUUCGGCCAUAAUAAACUAUUUGAUCAAAAACAUUGAUGCUUUGAUGUGGCUUUUUUUUUCUAGAAAAUACAACGGAUUAACGAGACGGUGAGAAAAUUUGGCACUCAAAGAGGACUAUUGAAACAUAUACGCGAAGAUUAAUUAAUUUAAUUUUUUUUUUUUUUACUUUCAAAAGAAAUUUGAUGAACAGCACUUAACUUACUUAAAAGUAGAAAUUUAAGUGAUACGUUUUUGAGACAUCCCGCAUUUAAAAAACCACAUUACCAUGGAUGUUCAAUGGUUUAAUAAUAUCGAUAGAUUACAGUUGAUUAACCCAUAACUUGCAAACAAAACUGUUGCUUGUUUGUAUUUGAAUAAAAUGAAUCCCACCGGUAAAAUGUAUUUUUAAAAUCCAGCUGUGUGUGUCACUCUCUCUCUCUCUUGAAACAAUAUGAUAAGCUGUUGUUCUUGACUAAAGUCUCUGUUUUUUGUUUAACUUAACUAUGGACAUCUUAAGUAUGGCUCAACUGCUGCUGUACAAGAGCCUGCAGAGAAUUACGUUACUUAACUGUCCGCGGAUAUUGCAGCAUCUAGUUAGGCCGCUGUCAUUGGUCUCUAUGCGACAUGUCAAGCAUUUUCUAGCCGUUCUGUUGUUAGUCAGCUUGAUCUGCCUGUCUGUUCACGUCCACUGGAUUGUAUGCAAGCCCAACUUCAGCGCCAUAGAACACUACCGUGUCUCUGUUGGCAUACUGCUGUGCCUCAUACAAAUCUCAGUAGUUUUUUCUCUUCCGUUUUUCAUUUUCAACUUCCUCGGUGUCGUCCUGAUCAAUGUCUUCACUCAACGGCCGAAGCUCCAGCGGUCCCCUUUAUUGGGGCCCUUUUUGUGUUUUCGAGUGGUCACCAAAGGGCUGUACCCGGAACUCGUGAACGAGAAUAUGAAACUGAAUCUUCAAGUGUGCCGCAAAGUUGGCCUACACAACUAUAUCUUUGAGGUUGUUACCGACAUCCCCAUUAAUCUGAAGUCGACGAAAGACAGCCGGGAAAUUCUGGUACCCAAAAACUAUAAAACAUCAUCCGGGUCUCUAUUUAAAGCGAGAGCACUCCAGUACGCCUUAGAACCGGAAGUAGACAUAUUAAGCCCCGGGGAUUGGAUCGUCCACCUUGACGAGGAGACGCUUCUGACCGAAGAAGCAGUGAUAGGCAUCAUCAACUUCACUGGAGCUGGAGAACACGCUUUUGGUCAAGGUGUCAUCACAUACGGAAGUGGGAAAAUCAUCAACUGGGUGACAACCCUGGCCGACUCUAUACGGGUUGGUGUAGACUACGGUUGUUUGAGGUUCACGUUAGGCAUUCUUCAUAAACCAGUCUUCAGUUGGAAAGGAUCCUUCAUAGUGGCGGACGCCGAAGCAGAGAAGAAAAUCUCCUUCGAUCACGGUCCGGAGGCUUCCAUCGCGGAAGACUGCUUCUUCGCCUGCGUGGCUUUCAGUAAAGGUUACAGCUUUGGCUUUGUGGAAGGAGAAAUGCUGGAGAAAAGCACGUUUACCCUCAAGGAUUUCAUCCAGCAGCGCCGACGCUGGAUGCAGGGCAUUUUACUGACAGCGCUUAGCGCCAAGAUCCCUCUCAGGUACAAACUCGGCCCCGUGCUGAUGAGCUUCUCAGGGUGCACACUUCCAGCCAACCUCCUUAUGGUCCCAAUCAGCCUUAUCUGGCCACUACCGUCCUCACCCAUCAUUACCGUCACCUACAGUUUCAUCUUGGGAACUAUCCUCUAUUUGUUUAUCCUAGGCACACUCCAGACGUUCAGCGUCCACCGGUAUGGCAUCUGGAAGUGUAUUCUCCUCGUCUUAGCCACGAUGAUGUGUGGGUUAGUAGCCUGUAUACUUGAGAACAUUGCCUCCAUUCUGGUAUUCUGGUUCCCGAGGUCAUCCGUGGCCAGCUUUUAUGUUGUCAAGAAGGAUAUUCCUAAUGACUGUGUAAAAGGGAUAUAA